CAGCGAGGGGAGGAAUUCCCCGAAUCAUACCGGGAAAUCGUACCACUUUCCCAGUAUUGGUUACAGAUUCCGUAUCGGUAUCAAUCAGUACAUUGGCCGACAUGGAAAACGUAGGCUACAAGCUGUGAAUUGCAAAUAAUAUAUGCCAUUCUUCGGAGUAGGAAAGUGAAAACAGGUUAAGUCAUCUCCGGGCCAUUUCGUGACAACCUUUCCGGGAAAACAAUGAUUCGGUCAACUUUGUACCUCCUUGCAACACUCCUCUUAGCGACUAGAUUUGGAACUAUCGACACUUCGUACACAUGCCCAUCGACCCCAGGUGGCAGGCCCUGCAAGUGCAGUAAAGACUUUAAGAACAUCAAUUGCGAAAAUGUGGGCUUGGUUGACAUCCCAGAUAACAUCCCAGAGCCCGCAGAGACGCUGAAUCUCGGAAGGAACAGUUUCAGUGUCAUCCAAAGAGGGCCAUUUGUUAAGCUGAAAAAUCUAACCCAAUUAGAUCUCCGGGGGAGUCAGUUGCGGACGAUAACAGUUGGCGCUUUCCACGGGCUUGUUAAUUUGAAGAUACUGUUUUUGACAAGAAAUUCACUGCCAAGAAUUGAGCCGAGCAUAUGUGAUGAUCUGCCCAUGCUCCAGGAUCUAUAUCUCGGGCAGAAUAAACUCUCGGUAAUACCUGAUCUGGGAAAGUGUAGAGACCUCAAGACUUUACUCCUCGAGCUGAACGCUUUAACAAGCCCUAAGUUUCCCGACAGUUUCCACAGUUUAACGAAGCUAAAAAGCGUUGGGUUGAGUAACAAUGACCUUGGGGCUAUCGCCAAGGACGAUUUCGCUCCUCUGCUCAAUUCGCCAAUCACAAAAAUAUCGCUAUCUCGUGAUAGGUUGAGCUCGAUUGAAGCUGGCAGCUUUCAUUACAUCAGCGACACAUUGACGUCCUUGAAGAUCUCUUACAAUUCCUUAAGCGGCGAGGACAUUCGGAAUCUUUGUGAUGAUUUGGGGAAAGGGAAGCAGUUUACUUCAUUGAACUUUGACGGCAUGAGCCACUUCAGAGACCUACCUGCCGAUACCUUCCGCGGGUUUGCAAAUAGUUCCCUCCGGCAGUUGAGCUUCCGCCACACUGAUAGCAUUGAGAAACUCGAAGAAGGGACAUUUGUGUAUCUACCGAAAUUAUACAGAUUAGACAUCGGCUACAGUAAGAUACAGCAGAUCGCUCCGAUGGCUUUCAGGGGUCUUGAGAGCCUUGAAGAGUUGAUUCUGAAUCAGAAUGAAAUAAGUGGCCUACCGCACAGUUUGCCGAUAUCUUUGAAAAUUGUGAAUCUGCAGGAUAACUCGAUCUCGAAGAUCUCUGAUAAUUUCUUUGCGGGGAUGAAGAAUCUCUGGGUGUUGAAUCUCAAGAACAAUAACAUUCUGAAACUAGACCCUCACGCAUUCGCUGGACUCGAGCACCUCAGGUAUCUGAACCUCUCUGGUAACCACAUAGAUGGCGCGGGUGUACAAGUGUUCAGUCCGCUCAGAAAGCUACGGAGUUUGUCUCUGAAGAGUAACAAAAUAACAAAGAUAAUAAAAAACCCGCGUAUCUUUGAGAAGCUUGCGAGUUUGGAGUAUUUGGAUCUUUCGGACAAUCGUUGUUCAGCCCUUCCCGCCCUCGUCUUUCAAAACCUGAAGCGGCUGAAAAUCCUGAGACUGACGAAUAAUGAUCUGGGACCGCAGUUGCGUAAGGAUACAAAGGGGGAACUAUUUGCUGGCUUGGAAAAUCUGGAGGAACUGUACAUUGAGAAGAACGACAUCCAGGAGCUCACUGGUGAUGUGUUUCGUCAUUUGAAGGGCGCGAAAAUGCUUGAAUUGGGAGAGAACGCGAUCUCCCAAUGGGGAACAUCCACUUUCUUGUCUCAGAACAGUACAUUGAAACACCUAAACCUCAGCAGAAAUCGCAUUGCAACUAUCAAUGAACCGUCUUUGGCAGAUUUGAAAUUGCUAACGACUUUGACCUUGACUGCGAACCCCUUCUCGUGUGACUGCGGAUUGGUGUGGUUCCGGCGAUGGAUCAACUCAACCAAUGUCACCUUCCCCGAACUCGAGUUGUACACCUGCAACUCUCCUGUGAACAUGGCCGGAAUCCCUCUACUAAAGUUCGAUCCAGAUUCCCUGACAUGCAAGGAUCUAUUCCCGUACAUCCUCGGUGGGUCGCUAGGAGGCUUUGUGAUACUCAUUUUGGUCAUUUCGCUCGUGAUGUACCGCUAUCGGUGGUUUAUAAAGCUUCGCGCCUACAGAAUCGCUAAAGCUGUCGCAAGGCACACCCGAGCACCUGGGUAUGAACCGAUUCCUGGCGAUGACCUCAGAUUUGACGCCUAUAUCUCAAACCACAGAGAUGACAGGCGGUUUGUCUUGGAUGAACUACUUCAGAACUACGACAAUGGCAAUGGUUACAAUGGUGGGUUUCGAUUAUGCUUUAAUGAGCGCGACUUCGUGCCCGGAGAAUACGACCUAACCAAUGUGACAGAAAACAUGAGCCAGAGCCAGCGCGGUUUGAUCGUACUGAGCCUGCAAUACAUCCAGGAUCACUUCCAAGACUUCGAGCUCCAUCUGCUCUUAAAAGAGGCAAACCUGCGCGCUUUCGGCUUGAUUGUAAUCGAACUUGAAGAGAUCCCGCCCAACAGGAUCCCGAACGGGCUUCGCCGAAUCUUCGAAGAAGGCGACCAUCUCUCUUGGUCCGAGGAUCCGAAUCAGCAGCAACUCUUCCGCGAGAGGCUAACCAACAAACUGCAGCGACGUCCCCAAAGGUUCGUUGAUGCGAUGGCUCCUGCUGUCCAAGAUUAAUUGUGACGGGCGUGUCCAGGGUCGUAAUGCCUUGAUGAUAUUUUGGGAUUCAUCAAAAAAUCAUCUUGUCGAAGCUUUUUUUAUUUUUCCGAUGUCUUAUUUUUAUUGCUCUAGUGAUCAGCAGACUCAGUCUAAUUAUUCUUCGUGUGAAGCGAUAAAAUGUUUGUUGAGCUAUGGUUGGGUCGCUUCAUGAUUAAAAGAAGACCAAGAAAAUCACUGCGUCAUCACUACACCUAAUUACGGCAGCAGAUUAGUGCCAUAAAAAAUGAAAUAUUAUCUCGUUAUUACGAGAUCUUUUCUCGUUAUUACGAGAUCUUUUCUCGUUAUCAUGAGAUCUUUUCUCGUUAUUACGCGAUGUUAUCUCGUUAUUACGAGAUCUUUCCCGUUAUUACGCGAUCUUUUCUCGUUAUUACGAGAUGCGAAAGUGCACGCAACAUCGUGGAUUAAAGCUCAGGAUCAAGCGCGGAAAAGGUCCGUACUUUAUAGACCCAUAUACCAUCAUCGCGUAAUAACGAGAUAACAUCUCGUAAUAACGAGAAAAGAUCUCGUAAUAACGAGAUAAUAUUUUAUUUUUCAUGGCACUAAUCUGCUGCCGUACCUAAUACAUGUAUAUUGAUAUAAUCGUCAUUUCUUAGUAAUUAUCACAUUUCAGUGUAAGACACAUUGUUAUUUCAUCAUAGCAAGUAAUUGUAUGUUUAGUCUUUAUACAUAUACAAACUCGAUCAUAAUCUUUCUUUUCGACUACGAACGUCUACAUGCAUUGUGUUCAGUUUAUUAUUUUGGUAGUUAGUUUGCAUUUAUACAAUCUUCGGUAUAUGUUGGAUGCCGUAUUGAUCAGAAUGAAAUACAUUCUUAUAAAACCAUUGAACCUUUUUUCAUGAUCAACUUGAGUUUUUACCUUUGGAGUAAAAAAACUCAAGUUGAUCAUGAAAAAUAUGUUAACGUUUUUAUUAAGCUUAUUUUGGUCAUGUGAUUGGCAUCUAAAUGACUUGAGCGUUUUUUUUUUUGAAUUGUCACGGCGGGUGUACUCAGCAAUAGUUGAAUUGAAGUUCUUUUUGGUGAGUACAGUAGGCUACUCAAAAAGUAGAAACUGUAUAAACCAAACAGAAUUGCUUAAAGCUCGCAUUAUUAUUAUCGUUGUAUUUUAUCAUGUUCAUUGGGUGAACUUUCCAAUCAUUUUCGUUGUUUUUAUCAUCUUAGUAAUUUUAUAGCUGUUCUAAUUCCUGCAGUGUACAGUCAUCCUUAGGAAAUCAGGGGUCGAUGUUGAACGCAAUCUUUAGCCCCUGAUUUCCUCAGUACAGUAAUUCCCCUUGUAAUGUUUGGACUCUGACUUUCGCCACCAAGAAAGAAUGAUAUAAAAGUCUCCCCCGCGGCGCCGUCCGGAUUUUAUGAAAUGAAAGGGUUCCGUAGUCUGACAAGAAACAGUGUAUAAUCUUUACUUGCCCGGUACACUCACAACUCUAAAACAAUCAAUGAGAGAUAAUGUUUUGUUUGCACGGGAUUUAGAAUAAUAUUUCCUUUCCAUGUUAAUUUUCGCCGCAUUUAUUCUUGGCACUAAUUUUGUUGCCAUUUUGUCUGUUGCUUUUAUUCUCAUUAACUUGUCUUGUUCUCAUGUAGAGUUUUAUAAAC